AUGGAUGAUACGUUGAAAACAUAUUCGCGAAAACAUGCAUGUCAACUUCUUCUUGGAGGUUUGACAAGCAGUGCUGCCUUAGUGACCCCCAAUGCAGCCAGAGCCGAAGUCAGUUAUCAACCAGCUUCACGGCCAACUUCAUACCGCGUCGAUUCUACACAACCUCCGACGCUAAUUCCAGUAGGCUCAGCUAGGAAAGAAGCACAGGUAUUAGAAGAUCUUGGGAAAGGAUACGGAACGACGAAAGCUGUGAUCCUUGAUGAUCGUGUGAACCUCAACAAUGUCUUGAAUAAGGCAGUCUUUGGUACGAUCAGUGCUCUUUCGGGAUCAACCAAAGGGAAAAGGAAGAGUGGAACAUCAUUUGUCUGCUUCGGAGUCCCAACGAAACCUACCCCGGUCGAUAUCGACCUUGCAGUAAGCUUGCUCCUGCCAAUCCUAAAGGCACGCAAAAGAGAUACAGCAAUUGGCAUUCCCUUUUGUCCUAUAAGCGGUCAAAGUAUUCUUGAUGCGUAUGCUGCAGAAGGGAAUGAGGAAAACCUUCUUGCUUCGCUUUUGCAGCUAGGAAUACCCGAGAGCCAAAGUGUUCUAUACCUACCGCUAAUGAUGUUUGCACGAAGCAAAUCGUUGAGGUUACUAGCGCUUUUACCGGAGAAAGAUGACAUUCUAGUGACUCGAAUGAAGGGCCUGCAAAACCUCGAAAUGGAACGCAGAGCCAGCUAUGUUUCCGAUACAGACGGCUUCAUUUCCACGUCAUCGGAGCCAAGCUUUCGUCUCUAUGCUGAAAAGUCACUGCUCAAGGACUACAUUCCGAUCAACGACGAAGACAAACCCUCAGGCUACUUUGCGGAGCGAAUCCUAGUCCAUGAAACUGCAGCAACUGUGGCGUCGAAAUACGCUGCUACUCGCCCGGAUUCCCUUGUCGUUAUUGCAGCUCCAAUCAAUGAUCUCCGUUUCCUGCGUGGCAUCAAUGGGCGCAUUCCACGCGUGUACAACUCCCUUGAUGUUUCAGGAAACAAGAUAACAGACGAUUAUGUCACAACUAUACUUUUGAAUCCGACAGCAAACGAUACGUUAUCAAAGAGUCGCUACUUACGAUUAGAGAUCGGUACGGGGCCGGAUACUCUUGACUUUCAAACAAAGAUCGCAGACUAUCUAUGGUUUUCUUCGUCGCCAAAGGUAAAUAUGAUUCCACGCUUAAUGAAUGGAUAA